GCAUUUGUCAGAUUCACUGGCGAACUUGCGGGGAACUGCGGGCUACGGUAUAUUCCCAAUCCCACGCUCUUUUGCUUGUUCUCCUUGCAUUUUACCCCAGACAGACCAUGGGAUCGUGUCAGCAAUGUCGAGAUGCCAAGCGCAAGUGUAUUCCUGGCAAAGGCAGUGCUUAAUCGGCUCCCUGCCAACCGACUCAGGAUACGGAUUCUCAACGCCCGUCGGCUGAACAGUCAGUCAUCGACAGAACCGCAGACUCGGGACAAGGGAGUAGAUGGCUUCCUCGCGGACGAUGGACCCGUUGCUGUGCUUGUCCAUGAGUAUCUAUCCAAGAUUCACGGUCGGCCACAUAGCAUUUUUCACGCCGCAACCCUGUGGAAGGACAUUCGCGACUGGCAAGCCAGCAGAGCUUUGAUUCUCGCGAUCUGUGCAAUGGGGGCCCACGUUUCGAAUGAACCAAGUCUGCGGUCCCUGGCGCCUCUGCUCAUGGCGGAGUCCAAACGCUUACUCCAGAUAAAUCCGGAGCAUGUGUGCCUGGACAAUAUCCAAACUUGCAUUCUAGUCGCAAUCUAUGCGUGGCGCAUGCAAACCCUUCGUCAGAAUUCCUAUUCUUCCGUGAGCUUUUCCUGAUCU